GGUUCCGACGGCCGCUCCUACCCCAGUGUCUGCGCGCUGCGCCUGCGCGCCCGGCACGCGCCCCGCGCGCACCCCGGCCACCUGCACAAGGCGCGCGACGGCCCCUGCGAAUUUGCUCCCGUGGUCGUCCUUCCCCCUCGGAGUGUUCACAACGUCACCGGGGCACAGGUGUACCUGUCCUGCGAGGUGAGGGCUGUGCCCACGCCCGUCAUCACGUGGAGGAAGGUCACACAGUCUCCCGAGGGCACCCAGGUGCUGGAGGACCUGCCUGGGGACCACGUCAAUAUAGGUGUCCAGGUGCGAGGCGGCCCUUCUGACCAUGAGGCCACGGCCUGGAUUUUGAUCAACCCUCUGAGGAAGGAAGAUGAAGGAGUGUACCAAUGCCAUUCAGCCAACGCGGUUGGAGAGGCCCAGUCCCACGGCACGGUGAUGGUUACAGGUCUGAGUAAACACCAGGUCCUCCGCUUCCCAGCUCUAGGUGACCGCGUGUGA